CCUAGAAACUCAUUUAAACAUGAACAUGAAAGUGACGAUCGUGUUUGUUUUAAUUGCUUUUAUUACAAGAAUCUCUUCUUUGUCACUACAGCAAACUAUAUUUUUGCAGCUACUCAAAAACAACUUGCUUGGAAUUCUCAAUAACGAUAACCUAGAUAAAAACUGUGUUUCGGACUUAAAUGCUCUGUUUUCUGAUGUUUCUAGUUUCAAACACUGGGCAUUACAAAUGUUGGAUGCUACUGGGAAAAUCUAUCCAGGGCUUCUAAAUGGCAACAUAAAUCUAAUUGGUGAUUACGACGAAUGUUUAGCUAUAAAUGAAUCUAAAAAUGGUAGAAGAAUCAGUGGAAAAUACUGUACUCUAGCUCUUACAAUGGGGGAUUCAGGUAUUAGUCCUCUAGCAACAUCUUUGAAACAAGGAACUUCAUUUAAACAAUCAUACUUAAACCACUAUACUAUUUUCAAAUUUAUGCAAAAUACAUCCAUGACGUGGGGAAUUUGUGUGCCAAAAUCUUGUUCAGUCAGGAACUUAAAAAUCCUUGCCCACGAUGUACAAGCGAAAUUUAAGCUCCCUGUGGAAAUAGGACUAACAGAAAAUUCUUGUUCCUACAAAAAUAAAACCUCAACAAUAAAUAACUUCGAUAUUUUAGUUUAUUAUUUCUUCGCGAUGUUAGGGCUCAUACUUGUGGCAAGUACCAUUUACGAUCUUCACCUCAAAUGUUUCGGUAAAAAAUCAAACAUUUUCGUUGCAUUCUCACUGUAUAGCAAUGCAAGAAGACUCGUAUCAGCAACUUCUAACAAAAAAGAGGAUAAUUUAAGCUGUCUGAAUGGAAUCAAGGUGUUAAGUUGUUUAUGGAUCGUGUAUGGUCAUGUAGUUCUUGCGUGUUUCUUUUAUUCAAAAAAUCCUGCUUAUGUUGUCAAUGAGUGGAAAUAUUCCACAAAGAGCACUUUUACAUCGAGUGCUUUUUACGCGGUAGAUACUUUUCUUACCAUCAAUGGUUUUCUUGUUACUUAUAUUUACCUCAAAAGUACGGAUCGGUUAAAAAUUACUGUGACUUGGUUCUAUUUGAAGAGAUUUCUGAGGGUAACACCUGCCCUCCUAGCUGCCGUCUUGGUACACACGAGUGUGAUGAAACUUCUAACAGAUGGACCCUUUUUAUCUUACAACGAUGAAAAGUUUUCACAAGAUUGUUACAAUAACUGGUGGGCUUUUUUCAUUCACCCUAUAGUUUUUACAAGCUAUGAACAAUGUGGUCCACAUUUGUGGUAUAUGUUUAUCGAGGGCCAUCUAUAUCUAUGUACUCCCGUAUUCUUAAUCUUCAUGAAGAAAUACCCCAAAGACGUAUUAAGAGGUCUAAGUGUCAUCUUACUGCUUGCUGUCAUCUAUAACAUUUCAGUAACAAUAACCAAAAAUAUUGGAUUUACAGCUUUCGAAUGGAGUGACGAUUUUGAAAAUUAUUUAUAUUUUUCUACAAUAUAUCGCUUACCGUGUUGGUUGAUUGGGGUGCUCUCUGGAUAUUUUUUCUAUGAAUACAAAUUUAAGAUUCCCAGAAUUGUAAAUCUUGUUAUUUGGGUAAUCACCUUGUAUACAAUGAUAGAACUCACUGUAGAACAGAACAUUUUCAUUACGAGUGUAUAUAACGUUUAUCGUUCUGCUUUAUGGAAUGGUUUGGCAAGACCCACGUGGUCUUUAGCUGUUAGUUUCAUUGUUUUUAGUUGUGCUACUGGAACUGGAGGGAUUGUAAAUGAUUUUCUAUCUCAUCCUGUGUUCAGAUUUCUAGGCGAACUUACCUACAGCAUCUACUUGUUGCAUUAUGAUGUUAUUCUGAAUGUGUUUGGUAGUACUAAAGAAAUGUUCUAUUUUAAUACCGACAAUAUUGUCUCCAAGUUUCUGUCUGUUUUUGUCGAAAUUUUAAUGGUUUCGGUAUUUCUCUAUCUUGCUUUUGAAGCACCAGUGUUGUCACUGAAAUACCACCUGACUAAGAAUAAAACUAACGAAAAACGAGAUUGUAAGAAAAAUUUGGAAACAGCUGGUUAAACACAUACGAUUUGGGUUUCUA